AAAAAAAAAAGAGGAGACGACUGUAAAUUCUCGGCUACCAUCUCAGCUUUCCCUCUGGUAAAUCCCAUGCCCUCCCCGGGCAUCGUAAUCACACACACUUGCCGUCAUAGCCUCCAAAACCAACAAACCUAUCUCCUGCCAUAGACGGAGGAGAGAGAAUCUAGACCGACGACACCCCCCGGACGAGCCUGCAAGAUCCUUGGACAACCGACCGCUUAGGGCCUUCGACCGCUUGGGACCUUCGACUUUCACCGACCCCGAUGUCUCACACCGCAAGAGCGGCAAGAACGAGAACACGCACAUCUUGUUAAAGACUCACUUCACGUUCCCCGUCGGAUCCAUUCAGCUACCAAACCACAGCGCCUCCUCCCCGUGGCCGUCAGAUUUCUUCUUCCUCACGUCUUCACUUGCGGCGCACGGCGCCAGCGUAUCGAACACUGAAUCUCUCUGGCGAGACGGGUUUUAUUUACUUUCUCUGUUUAGGGAACGCCUUCUAGGCCAGGUGAUACCGAAUCUCUUGCAAGCCCACAUCUGCUCUGCAGAGCCGUGGGGGGACGGUCUCGGAUUUGCUAGCACCAAGGAAGUACUUUGUUUGGUCGCUUUUCUUUUCUUUUUAUUUCUUCUCUUUUCCCCCUUCCCUGCAUCACACGCCCUCCGCUUUGCUGCGCCUGGGCCUGCGUCCUGCGUCUUUGCCGCCGUAGCCUCCCGAGGGCAUCAGUAGCAGCACAGCAGCUAUAUCCACCAGCAAAUCAACAGUCCCAUCCACGAGUGGAGGGCAGCAGAAUUUUUGGCCCGGGCCACCCCUAUUCCUCGGACGCACAGGAUACCGCUCAUUCGACGAGUGGCCCGGUCGCUCGAACCUGCAAUCGACUCGGCGUGCUCUUCCCUCACCCUCUUUCUUUUGUACCUAGGGGGCUGUUCCUUGUCGCUAUUCGCCUUCCAGCUCCAGGCGAAACACGAACCAUUUGACGGCACGCAUCUCUCGUACCGUAGCUUUGUUUGAGAAGGAGGCGAUUUAUACGCGCAUCGAGCACUGCAGCGUCUAUAGAUACCCUCGCACAUCGGAUUGGGAGUACGACAGGCCUGCGAAAUUUCUUGCUGGUCCAACCUGCAUCCCAUCUGUGCGGACGCCCCUCCCUCCAAUCCUUGCACCAAAAUCUGUGGCUGAUCGGCGAGCAGUCACAGCCAGCAGGUCAACGAAGCAGGGGUUCUGUCGGCAGGCAGGUGGUCCUAGGCGUUUAUUCUUGGUAGAUCAGCUCCGCCUGGAGCGCCGCAUGCUGCCCUGAAGACAGCAUCGCACGCCACAUCACCUAGAGCUGUCCGGCCAGACCGCGGGUUUGGCUCCAGACCUCCCUCCCUCGGAGCGUUCGGUAGCCACAAUGGUCCGCGAUAUGUACCAGAGGGAAUACAACCGAGCUCCCCAGUGGGCGGCCGACACCCGGUUCUCCGGCAUGGAGCCAGGCUGCGGCGACGACUCGCGAUACCACGAUGCUCCGGUCACGACGAUAGGCGCUGCGCUCCGAGAGCGGUGCAAAAUCCCUGCCGAGAAGUACUUCGUCGCUGCCAUCCUAGAUAAUGGCAGACUUGUCUACUACGGCGGGCCAGAUGAGUGGCACAAGACCGAGAUGGCAUCUUUUUUCGACCCCCGACAAUUUGAGAUGGCUGCGAAGCGCCAUUACCCGGCAGGUCUGGCUCUCGACGAUGUCGACCAGGGCUUUGACGACCCGUACAGACCAGGAGAGUACACUUCUAGGUCACGCCCCUUUGCCCGGCGCCCUGGCGCCCAUUCGGCGAACCCGUUUGGGUCGUUGUCCCACGGAUACGGUGAGGAUGACAGCAUCGGCAGCGGUCAGAUGAAGGCUCGUAAACGGGCUAGGAAUCAUCUGCAUCGAGAAGGGGACGCCGAGGAGGAAGCGCCAGCCCCAAAGCCGCACAAGGAGAUCCUGGCCGGCGACUCGCAGCAGAUCUGGGACUUUUGUGACACGCGGUUCAAGAACCUGCAGCAGACGGCCUGCAAGCUUGUGGCCAAGGCCUGGAUCAAGCUGGUGGAGCCCAAGAAGCAGUCGACGCAUCCGUACACGGGCAGCGACGAGAAGGCGCCAGGCUGGUGGCCAAAGCCGUGGGGGCCGAACAAGGACGAGAAGGUGCGGCAUAAAGAGCCCGACCAUCUGUACAAGAAAGAGCGAGUCCAUCUGUUGAACCACAUCCUGAGCAUCAUCGUGGAGCCUAUACACAAGCAGCACCCGGACAUUCAGAAGCUGCAGCUCAACGUUACUAAGCUUGAGGAAGCAACAAACGAGGCACUGUCUGCCUUCUUUAUGGACAAGGACAACUUGGGCAAUGCCAAGAAGAAGCCUUAUCUCAAGGAGAUCUUCAAGGUUGCAAAGGCCCAGGAGAGAUUCAAGAAUGGCGAAGUUGAUGACAACUACACAGUCUGGGUUAUGGCGGACGACAAGUUCCCUGACGAUUGGCAAAGCGGCGACGAGCACACAACAGCAUCCGUGAAACAGGAGGAGGCUCAGCGGCAGCCGGGCCAGACAACGGGGCCCUCAUCGCAUGCAUCACCACAGAGGGCUGCGGUGGUGACACAUGGGCUGUUGGCGACGGCACACGGACUUCCGCAAACACCGGCAGGAAGUGAUCACAGUCCCACGGUCGGUCCUCCAAUGCAGCCACAGCACACCGGCGGCGGCGGAAACCCAUUCAUGAACGAGAUUCCUGUCCGAGGCCAGCAGCCACCGCUGCCGCACCAGCAUCAACAACAGCAUCCACAGCAGCAGCCGCUCCCGCCCGGUUCCAUAUUGACCUCGGCCGACCUCGGCCCCGCGCCUGAAGUGCACCAGUAUGUCGAUGCGACGCCGAUACACCACGCACCCUCGAGCCAGUCCCUGCAGGACAUGUAUUCGACAGCCCCAGGGCACUCACGCAGGCCAUCCUCACUCUUCCCAUCGCCGACGGAUUACCCCAAUGCUACUAGUGCUGGAUCAGGUGCAACAAUGUAUCAGCAAUGGAGCCAAUCGCAGCACGUCCCAGGCCCGCCGACUCCCCACUCGGGCCCUGGCAGCACAGUCAUGUAUGCCUUUGCACCGCAGCCGGCGCCACCUCCGCCUCUGCCGCCACAGCAGCAGCAGCAGCAGUCACAGCAGCAGCAACAACAGCAACAGCAACAGCAACCACCACCGCACCAACCACACCAGCCGCAGCAACAGGCGCCCCAACACCCACACUCACACCAACGCCAGCACCCACAUCAGCAUCAGCACCAGCACCAGCAUCAUGACCAGCACCAGCAGCAUGACCAGCACCCGCAUCAGCAUCAGCAUCAGCAUCAACAACAGCAACAACAGCAGCAAGCCCCGCCCCCACCUCCCCCGCCCCAAAUUCAAGCGCCCUACGUGGCCCAGAGCGGCCCUGUGCAGGUAGCCCAAGUCCCGCCACACCCGCAACAGUCGUACCUCGGCCCUGCCUACGUGGUGGACGGUAUACCUCGGGACACAUACGAUCCGCAAGGCCAAAACAUGUACCGUACCGCCCCUAUUAAUUUGCCGCCGGGCGGUGUGAGCAGCGCGCCGAGCUACCCGAACUAUUUGUCGCCACACGAUGCUAGAAACAUGCCCGGCGGACCACGAACUUGAGAAACCUGCUACAAAGCGCGACAAUAUCUACAGUAUUGCAUUUUGCAACCUCGGGCCGGGCAUACAUUUCUUGAUCGCAAGAGGUUUUUAUACCCAUCAUAGAGUUGGACAAUGGACAUUUGGACGCCUCUGGUAUAUUUUUUUUGCUUCACUCAGCAGCCUUGUUUCCUCUCCCGGCCUCGGCAACAGACAUGAUUCGACUCGACCAAAUUAUUCUAGGAGCCGGCUACCGGCGUUGAUGAUGGUUUCUCUUUUGCUUUUUUUGUCUACUGUUUAUCAUGACCUGCGCGGAGUUGGAAAAUCGUUGGGCCUUACUUUGCUGCUUUACAUGGUCCCCUUUGCAUUUGCCCACGGCGCUUGAGCAAAACCUGCAGUUCAACCAGGCUACCUAAUUGGAACCCUAUCACCUAAAGUUGGUUUUCAUGCGGGCGCAGGCUUUAUUUGAGUUUCCAACCGGUCGCGACGCUACCAACGAAGUCUUUUUCAGACGCUCCUUCAUACAGCUCGGCGUUGGAACCUUGUCUUCUUCAUCUGAUGCUUAUUGAACGCACAAGCCAUCUGCUAAUCGCGCAUUCGCAGCUCUCAUUUGUUUCUUUCAGCUUUGCUUCGCUUUUCUUUCCUAGGUUGGCUACAUAUUCUGCGCAAAGGGCGGGACAAAACGGGAGGGCGAGGCGUAGGAGCAAGAGGACCGAAUGUCGAGCGGUAUAAUAUGGGGGCCGGGUCAUUCAAAUUGAUAGCGAGCAUAUCAUUUGCGAGGGGGUGGCCGAUUGCGAUUUAUUCUCAAUGUCGUCCGUUUUUCUUUUUCCUUUUUUUUCUCCUUUUGCACUCUCAUAACCUCAUACUAUCCAUACGCCUGGGAUGACGGCUUGUUUUGGUUAUCAAACAGCAAUGGGAGGGCAGUGUGUGAGCGAGCAUUUUACUGUGGUGUCCAGCAACAAAAUUGGCACACUGGCGGGAGGUCGAGGCGGGCAGGACAUCUGCAUCUCCUCGGCCCCUGGCUUGGGCGGCUUUUUGAUUUCUCUACCUAGUUAACCACCUACAUAUCCCGGCUUCUCCGAGUGAGAUGAGAUAUAUCACCUAGCACUGACAUGCCGAGCGGGGCGUUCUUGUGCUUUUUUUGC